GCUGCUGGUGGAACACGCUGCCAGUGCCAUCUUGUUAAGACUUCUCUGUGCUGGUAUACGAAGCAGGAAGAAACCAUUGCCCUUGGUGUUUUGCAAUGUUUGACAUCACAGUACUGGGCUGCUCUGGUGGUACUCUUGAGGUUGGCACCAGCGCUUAUCUCGUGAAGAGCUCCAGGGUGGCGUACCAGGAGAUCCUGGAGCGAGAGCUGACGGACGAGAUAGUUGCAGUGGACUGUGGGUCUGGUUUGGCAAAGCUAUGUGAGAUCGUCUACGACGAGCUGUGUGGAGAAGGCGACUCCAUGGCGACCAAAUCGCUGAGUUUCUAUACAAAGGACCAGGUCUCGUGCCUUGAGAAGUUCACGUCACGGGGCAUCAAGAGAGUCGGAAUGCAGCUGGAUACACAGUGUGAGUCUACUCCAAUGCAGGUGGCGUGGAAGCUGAACCACAUGGUGAAGAACUACCUGCUGACACAUCCUCACCUGGACCACUGUUCCGGACUGGUUAUCAAUUCCCCGUCUUUUGGCGCACACUCUGGGAAAAGGGUCCAUGGACUGGACUCCACGUGCAAGGCUCUUGGAGAAAACGUGUUCAACAAUGUCAUAUGGCCAGAUCUCACCGCAAGUGAUAAAGGCUCUUGUUUACAGCUGUGCUCGAUGGAGGAUCACGUGCCAAAAGCCAUCAACAGCACGUACACCGUCACUCCAUUCAAAGUCAAGCACGGAGAGCUAACGUCAUCAGAGAGUUACGCGAGUACAAGCUUUGUCAUAUCGCAUAGGGUCCUGAAACGAUCGAUACUGAUGUUUGGAGAUCUUGAGGCCGAUGACCCAGACACCCCUAAUGAAGGUCUCAAUUGGAAGAUUUGGCAGCAUGUAGCACCAAUGAUCGUUGACGGAAGCUUAAGGACGGUCAUGAUUGAGUGCUCAACGCCUAAUGUUGAUGCCAAUCAGCCACUGUACGGUCACUUGACCCCAGCAACUCUGUUUCAAGAACUGCUGAGACUCAGAGACAUGGUAAGGUCCCUGAAUGGAUCUGAAACCCUUGAAGGGUUAGAAGUGUUGAUCACUCAUAUAAAGCACGAGAAUGCAAUGAUCCCAGACCCAAGAGAAGUCAUCCUUGGUGAAUUAACAGAAUUGAAAACAUUACACAACUUGGAGGUCAACUUCACAAUCUUACUUCCAGGGCAGACUUAUACAGUCUCCUAA